UUUAGCUUAGAUAUAAAGAAUUAACGUUUGGGUGGUUAGGUCACUAUUUAAGGUUAAGUAUUUGUCAGGUUAUGUUCGUUUCAUGUUUUGUGUGCAGAAAUGAUUUAAAACAUGGUGAAAUAUUACGCAAUUUUUAAUAAUUGACAAAAUCCCACUUUCAAAAUGUUGAGGUUGUGUACAGUUGUUUAUUUGGCUUACCAUUUUUAAGACCCAUUUUUCAAAGAAACUGAUUACAACUACUUAAAAUGGAUACAAAAUCGAAACUGGACUACAGAAAUAAAAUAAUUCUUGCGCCAAUGGUUAGAGUAGGAACUUUACCAAUGAGACUCUUAGCAUUAGGAUAUGGGGCAGAUAUAGUUUACACAGAAGAAAUAAUUGACUGGAAGUUUUUACGCUCAUUACGGCGAAUAAAUGAUGCUUUGGGAACUAUAGAUUAUUUAGAUAAAUCAGAUGGCACUGUAGUUUUUAGGACAUGUGCCAAAGAAAAAGACAAAGUUGUUGUCCAGCUGGGUACAUGUGAUCCUGAAAGAGCUCUUAAAGUAGCAAAGAUGAUUGAAAACGAUAUAGCAGGCAUUGAUAUAAAUAUGGGUUGUCCAAAGGAGUUUUCAUUGAAAGGGGGCAUGGGUGCUGCUUUAUUAUCAAAACCGUGCAAAGCAAAACUGAUUCUGUCAAUGUUAGUAAAAAAUUUAUCAAUUCCAGUAACAUGUAAAAUUAGAGUACUUGAAAAUAUUGAUGAUACUUUGCGUUUGGUUCAAGAUCUAGCUUCUACAGGCAUAUCAGCUUUAGGAGUGCAUGGAAGAACUAUUUCUGAAAGGCCCCAACACCAAAAUAGAAAUGAGACUAUUAGAAUGAUUGCAGAAAACCUCACAAUUCCAGUCAUUGCAAAUGGAGGUUCCAGAGAAAUCGAAAGUUAUAAGGACAUUUUCAAAUUCAAAGAAGAGUGUGGUAGUUCUAGUGUAAUGGUAGCAAGAGUUGCUCAAGGAAAUUGUUCUAUAUUUAGAAAACAAGGUAUGGAAGACUUGGACACUGUAAUAACUAAGUAUUUAAAAUGUGCAGUUGAUUAUGACAAUUCGCCCAGCAAUACAAAAUAUUGUGUUCAAAAUAUGCUUAAAUCUCUCCAAGAAACUCCCAGAGGAAAGAAGUUUUUGGAAUGCCAGACACUAGAACAGAUAUGUGCAAUCUGGAACAUGGAUAAAUAUUGCCAUAGUAAACAAUUAGAUUACCAAUUAAAAGGUAACUUGGGUAGACGGGAAAUUAGACCUGAUCUAUUUAAUCCUACACCUAAACGACUCAAAACAGAUCUUGAAGAUAGUGUUAAUGAGAUGCAAUGUGCCUUUAUAAGAGCAAAUUAUAUAAAAGACACUGAAUUACCAAAGACUAGACUCCUCAGUUGGUGCAAUAAAAAUAAAUAUGAUAAUCCAAAAUAUGAAACCAUCAAUGAAGACAAAUUAUUUAGAUCAGUUGUAACUGUUAUGAAUCAGAAGUACACCUCAACAUUUUGGGAAAAGAAUAAAAAAUUUGCAGAACAAGGAGCAGCACUUGUGGCUCUUUUUUACCUAGGAUUAGUUAAUGAAGAUGUUCUUUCAAAGAACGGCAGCAUUUUAAGAUAACAUUUACUUAGUUGAAAUAAACUGUAAAUUAUUUUUUUAAGAGGAAGUGUAAAUUACUUACGUUAUAUUAAUUAAUAAAUGGUAAUUGGAUAACAA